AGGGAGCCUUACAUUCAAGAUGAGUCCUGGGCAGGUGUAGGACCAACGCAGAUCUCCACACUCUGCAGUGGACACCUGCAGCCAUCUCCCAACUAGUCUCCCUAUCUUGAGACUUGCCUCUUUCCAACUUAUUCUCCUCUGUAUUAGUUUAAAACAUAGGAAUGGAUCUCCUUCCUACCGGAAAAGAUCUAAACUCCGUAGUAGGUAAAGAGCUAAUGCUUAAGCCAGACUGCUUAGAUUCAGAUCCUUGCUCCAUCACUUAUACUAUCUAGGGCAAAUCACUUAGCAUCACAGUGCCUCAGUCUUCUCAUCUCUAAAAUAGGGAUAAAAAUGGAAUCUCCUUCAUAGAGUUAUUAUGAGGGGUAAUUGGGUUAAUGCUAUACAUGUAAAGUGCUUACCAACACCUGGCACAAAGUAAAAACAUGAUAGUGGUGGUGAUAGUGGUAAUAGUAGGUUCAUUCAUUGUACAUGCUGGGUAAAUAAAGAUGCCCAGGACUUGCCUUGCCUUCCAGGGCUGACAGUCUGAAGGGGGAAGAGGGACAAAUAGGUAAACAAAUUAUACUGUUAUAAACUUUGAGCAAGGUACUAAAUGGCUAGGCAAUCUGAGAGAAAACUAGAAAAUCCUGUUGUCUAAAAAAGUUCUAAUAAGACUUACAUUUUCUGGAAUAUUCAAGCUCACAAAUACAAUAUACCAAAAAAAAAAAAGAAAAACCUGUUGCUGUGGAGUCAAUGCCGACUCAUAGCGACCCUACAGAGUAGAACUGCCCUAUAGAGUUUCCAGGGAGGUCCUGAUGGAUUCAAACUGCUGACCUUUUGGUUAGCAGCCAUAACUGUUAACCACUAUGCCACCAGGAUUUCUAAUACACUGUAAUACCUCCCAAACCACAAGGUCCUCAUACGUUUGCAUGUUCAUGAUUUUGUUCCUCUCUCCCUUUUCAGUGACCACAAAUAAUUUGUAAACACUUAAGUUCAUUCUCUUAGUAAUAAUUUGAAAAAAGAGAACUGGGCAUUGGACAUGGCAAAGGGAAGAAAAAUGAACCACAGAAGGAGUAAUGCUGCAAAGCCUUGGGAAAGAAUAAGAACAGUGAUGGAGGUGAAUUGUACCCCAGUGAUUUUUGGAAGAUGUGGCCUACUGAGAUUUGUUGAAGAGUUGCUGGUAGACAUGGUAUCAGGGAGACUGAAGUAUACUGGCAGAUAUAAAUUACAGUAAGGAUUGUAUCCUGGAGCCACUUUCCCUGCCAGAAAGUCCAGGUGGCACCACCACUUUAGAAGGUUCUCCAUCUGUGCCUUGUAUUUUCUGUGAAGAACAUUUUCCUAUGACUGAACAAGACAAACUUCUGAAGCAUAUGAUUAUUGAGCAUAAGAUUGUCAUAGCUGAUGUCAAGUUGGUUGCUGAUUUCCAAAGGUACAUUUUGUAUUGGAAGAAAAGGUUCACUGAGCAGCCCAUCACAGAUUUUUGUAGUGUGAUAAGAAUCAAUUCCAGAGCUCCACCUGAAGAACAAGACAAUUAUUUUUUGUUAUGUGACGUUUUGCCAGAAGAUAGAUUUCUUAGAGAAGAGCUUCAGAAACAGAGACUGAAAGAAAUUCUGGAACAACAACAGCAAGAAAGAAAUGAUACCAAUUUUUAUGGCAUUUGUAUGUUUUGCAAUAUGGAAUGCUUCGGUAACAGGUCUGUACUUUUGAACCACAUGGCCAGAGAACAUGCUUUUAACAUUGGAUUGCCAGACAACAUCGUAAACUGCAAUGAAUUUCUAUAUACAUUGCAAAAAAAGCUUGACAACUUUCAGUGUUUGUACUGUGAGAAGACCUUCAGGGACAAAAAUACACUUAAAGAUCAUAUGAGAAAAAAACAGCAUCGUAAGAUCAAUCCUAAGAACAGAGAAUAUGACCGAUUUUAUGUCAUCAAUUAUUUGGAACUUGGAAAAUCUUGGGAAGAAGUUCAGUUGGAAGAUGAUCGGGAGUUGCUAGACCAUCAAGACGAUGACUGGUCUGAUUGGGAAGAAAUCCCUGUCUCUGCUGUCUGCCUAUUUUGUGACAAGCAAGCAGAAACAGUCGAGAAAUUGUAUGUCCACAUGGAGGAUGCACAUGAGUUUGAUCUCCUCAAAAUAAAGUCAGAACUUGGAUUAAAUUUCUAUCAGCAAGUGAAACUGGUCAACUUCAUUCGGAGAGAGGUUCACCAGUGUAGGUGUUACAGCUGUCAUGAGAAGUUUAAAUCCAAAGCAGACUUAAGGACUCAUAUGGAGGAAACUAAACACAUUUCGCUGCUUCCUGAAAGACAGACGUGGGAUCAACUGCAGUAUUAUUUUCCAACCUAUGAAAAUGAUACUCUUCUGUGUACACUGUCGGACAGUGAAAGUGACCUGACAGCUCAGGAACAACAUGAAAAUAUUCCCGUCAUCAGCGAAGAUACAUCUAAACUGCAUGCUUUAAAACAAAGCAGCAUUUUGAACCAGUUGCUACUGCAGGAGUGUGUGAAAAACUAGAAGAAACUGCUACAGAAGCAAUUUUGAGUGGUGCCUCCUAUGAGACAGACACAAAAGCAUAGUUUAAAUUUGAACAUCAGCAAAGGAUUAAUCCUUGGUGAAAUAAGCUUUUUUUUUUUUUUAAGUUUUCAGAAAAUAAAGUAGAAAAAUGAGGACAUUUUGUAUGUUGGCUAUAAAGUUCUAUUGUGUGAUCAUUUUAAAUGAUCUUCUUUCAUUAAUUCAUACUCAUCUGUGAUAAGGAGGAUAUGGAAAUCACAAAUGAGUGACAUGUUCACAUUAUUUAUAAAGCUACUUACUAUCAGCCAGUAGCUGUCUUCUCCCCACAAGCCUUCUUCACCCAGUAAGUCAUGAACGUUGACAGAAGUGUGCUUUCUGUACUGUAUUUGCUAAGCUGUACAGAAAGUGACCAAAAGAGGAGCCACAGGAGAAAGGAAAAAAUGAUCAAAGACCUGGUAAUGCACAAAUUGAAUACUAUUUUGUAGUAAUAGAGAGCUGCCUAUAUCAUUAUUACAGACGUUUGUCUAGAGUUGCAGAACUCCCUAAAAAUGGGCAUCAAGCCGAGUAACUUCACCUUCCCCUACAGUGGGGUAAAGACCGUUUGACCAAUCUGGAGUUUGCUACUGUCAGAUAAAGUCAUUUUUGUCUGAGUCAGAAAUCUGUUCUGCCCAUGCCUUCUCCAUACAAAGUGUCUUAUUAUCAACAUUCGUUAAACUGAAGGCCCCCAGGCCAUUUUGUUUCAUGUAUUUUUGUCCCUGAGUCCACUACUACAUUGAUGCAUAAUACAAGUUGGUUUAAGAGUGACAGGGUGAAUGUAUUCAGUAUGGUUUGAAGUUAACUUUUGGUGUUUCCUGGACUUCUGUUCUAAUCAUUUGUGUUAGCGUGAGAAAUCUAAAGUUAAUUGAACAGAAAGCAGAAUACUUGCCCAGAUACUGGGAGCCUUAUGAUUUACAUUAUAAUAGGAAAAGCCUGCCUGUCUCAAUUACUACAAUACUCACAUGGAAUCUGGUGUGGAGUAUAAUUUUGCCUUUAGUGUUUAGAUUUGUUUAAAUACCAGUAUUUCGAGUAGUGCUGAAGAUUAAACCCCCAUCCUCACUAAAUGUUGCAUCAUUUUAAAUUACUUAAUACAGAAAAAAUGAUCUUUUUUGAAAGUAUUCUGUCAGUCUGUGUUCAUGGGAUUAUAUUCUUAUACAGUUUUCACAUUUGUAAUAUUCUCAAUCUUUGAUUUCCUGCCUCGCAACUGAAAUCUACAAUGCCUGAAUCCAAAAUGGGUCUCCAGAGCCUUGCAAAUGAGAAUGGGCUGUAAGAACCUGUACAAAACAGCCUCACAUAUCUACCAAAACUCCCCAGAAUGCAAGCUGCUGAAUUUGCUUUUGAACUUUUCAAGCCUACUUUAAUCUGGUAUAGCAAGAAAGAUCGAGGCAGGAUUGCCUUUUAGCCACAGGUGGGUGGAAGAAAACCUAUGCUGCAGUUAGACCUGGACAUGGGUACUUUUUAUUAUGGAAAUAUGUAACAUUCACAAAAGUAGACUAGAAUAAUGAACCCCCAUGUUCUCAUCACCAACGUCAAAAAUUUUCAUCAUUCUGCCAUUUUUAUUCUAUCAACCUUCCCUGCCACACACAUACCUUUAUUUUUCAUGGAAUACUCAACAACAAAUCCCAGACAUUGUGUAAUUUUGUCUUUAAAUACUUAGGUAUGUAUCUCUAACAGGUAACUACCAUUUUUUAAAACAUAAACACAAUACCUAACAAAAUUAACAAUAACUUCUUAAUGUCAUCUGUUCUUAAUAUUCCCUAGUUGUGUCAAAAAUAUUAAAAUAUUACCAGUUGCGGGACAAAUGUGCCUCCUGCUAAGAUGCACUUCGGAGGACAAAACAUCACGUUCAUGGAUUUCUGCCAAAAAUGCAUAACCUGAAUAUAAGCAUGAAGAAACAUCAGUUAAACCCUAAUUGAGGGACCAUCUCCAAAAUACUCAUUUGAAAAUGUGAAGGUCAUGAAAAAUAAAGACUUGAAGAACUUUUCCAGAUUAAAGAAGACUAAAGACAACUAAAUGGAACAUGGUCUUAGAGGCAGAAAAAUAUUUUUCUUUUGCCAUAAAAGACAUAAGUGGGACAGUUGGCAAAAUUGGAAUAAAGUCUGUAAUAAAUUUUGCAAUGUUGAUGUUAAUUUCCUGAUUUUGAUAAUUGUCCUGUGGUUAUGUAUGAGAACGACCUUGUUUCAGGAGAUACAUACUUAGGUAUUUAAGAGUAAAAGGGCAUUUUGUUUGCAAAUUUAUUCUCAAAACAGUUCAGAAAAAGACUAAUAUGGAUAUAUGGAGCGAAUGAUAAAGUAUAUGUAAUAAGCUCAACAUUUGCAGAAUCUAGGUGCAGGGGAUAUGGGAAGUCUUUGUACUAUUAACUUUUCUGUAAGUCUAAAAUUAUUUCAAAAUAAAGUUUUUUAAAAUGUCUUUUACAGUUGCUUUG